GCAGCAGCAGCAGCAACAGCAACCGCGACAGCAACAGUCAGCCCCAGCAGCUGCACCACCGUUGCUAACAUCGCCGCAAAAUGCCCCCCCCUCCGCCAAGAUGACCCUGGCACCGGGUAUGGCUGCAGCGGGAGAUACGGCCAGGCCGCGGUCCACUUCGCUCCUGUCGACUUCCUCGAUGGCCUCAUCGGUGGGCGAGCAGGCGGAUCUGUCUUUCGGCGGGGACUCCACAGGAGAUCCGACCACUCCGGUGUCCGCGACCGCUCUCUCCCCGCCAGCCACGCCCCAGGCAGCGGGUAGCUCGGGCUCUGUGCCGACUUCCUCUGCCGCCUCCUCCUCCUCCUCCUCCACGCGCAAGGGGUGGAAGCGCUUGCGUGAGGCCUGGAUGCUGGUGUCUGGCAGUCCGGGAUCCGGGUCCACCAGCGGUCGAAGCACCCCGGCAGGCCCGGGGUCGUCAGCCUCCGGCGGCCAGGGCACCGUGUCUGGUACCGGGCCUGUGGCCUGGCCUCCGGGCGAGGGGGGGGACAUGUCCCACCCGGCUCCCGGGGCUUCCGGGGCUGGCAUGGCCAAUGUGCCCGGCAUCUUCACUCCGCAUGCCGGCCUGCCCGGGGCGGGGGGGCUGUUGUCGGCCACCUCCUCGCAGGCUGGGCUGAUCAUCAGUCCGUCCGAGCUGAACAGCAUGGAUAUGAACUUCCGCCAGCGCUUGGCCGAAUACUUCCAGCACUGCUUGGCAGACCGGCUGCUGGGCCAGGCGGCCCCGGCUGAUGGGGCCGGCUUCGGAUCACUUCCCAUCAUGCUCCUGGCCCCGACGAUUCCCGGGCAGCCGGGCCCGAGUGAUCCUCCAGAUCAUCCCUUCAUUGAGGGAGGGCUCAGUCUGGGCGAUGGGCACCUGACCGUCGAUCGGAUUCUCCGUGGUAUUCAAGCCUCUCACUACCCGGGGAUGGCCUCGCGCAUUGGCGUGUCAGAUUCCGCCUCCAUUCGGUCCGGCAUGUCCGGUAAUCCGAUUGCCAUGUCCCACUCGGCGGCCACCCUGCCGGCACAGCUCUCCUCUCCCGGGGCCUCCCUCCGGUCCAGUCCCUCUGGAGACAACAUUUCCAUCCAUUCCGGCAUGUCGGCACCGCUGUUGGCCGGUGGCUUGGCCGGCCAACUUGAAUCCACCCAGGCCGGGCUUGGGCUCUACUUUGCCUUGUCGUCGGUGAAUUUGGCGCACCCGGGCGUGCGGCGGUCCUCGUGCACCCCCACUGGCGGCGCCCAGGUCGCUGUCCGGGGCCCGGCUGCCCCCCAAUCGGACCCGCUCUGCCCGCCUUCGCCCAGCGUCCGAACAAUGCGAUCUGUGUCGUCAGCCGGGUCCGCACCGGUGGGCAGCAAGAUGCGCCUGUCGGCCGGGCAUCCGGACGGCUUUGUGGCGGCGGCCGCUGCCGCGGCGGCCGUCACCAGCAGCGCUAGCAUCACCAGCAAUGGCAGCAAUGAGGCCGGCCCGGCAGGGGGCGCACCGCCUGCCGCCGUCGCCGCCGCGGCCACGGCCGCCACCACCGGUUCGGUGUUCCCCUCGGUCGAUGUGCCCGGGUCCCUGGCGGUGGCGGCGCCGCGGCGUUUGUCCCGCAGCUCGACCGAUGUUCCCGGCUCGCCGGGCCUCGGCCCGAGCGAUCUUCACGGGGACCUGGUCGGCGCCGUGCGCAACCUGUCCGGUUGGCCCGAGCCGCGUCUUUUUGCGGUCGACGCGUCGCUCACCCUGAACCAGGCUCUGGCCUCGGUGAUUCAGUUCCUGGUCACCGAUGCCACUGGGGUCUUGACGCCCGUCGGUGCGGGCAGCGGCGCCGGGGCCAGCUGCCUGUUGGUCAUUGCCCCGCUGGCCUCGGCCACUCUGACCAGCCCUGGCCAGGCGCCGAUCUUGCGGCUGCCCUCCAUGAGCGGCUUCUACCUGCCGCCGCAUGUGGCUGACAGCAGUGGAUUCAACGGCCCGGAUGCUGGGAGUCUGCCGGCCGGCGAGCCGCGCAAGACCCCGGCCGCCGUGAUGGCCGACCUGCUGUCCUCGCCUGCUCUGGAGUUCGACUUCUCGCCGGCCAACUUCUGGACAUUCAUCGAGGCAUCCCUGGAGGAGGCGGGGCCCCCUUCGCGACGUCUGGUCCACCUGUUUGCCACUCCGUACCAGGUGUACAUCGGUAGCGGCUUUGAGGAGGCCUCGGACCCCUCGGGCUCGGGGCCCGGCGCAACCACGGCGUCGAUCCAGUUUUUCCCCCUUUGCGCACCGGGACGCAUCCGUUUUACGCUGGUCAAUGCCUCAGCCACCAAUGGCCUGUCCUUCGGCUUUGAGAUGCAUGUGCGGGAUACGGUCAACGCCACUGGUCCCGAGCAUCAGGCCGGCGAUCUGACGGCGGAUGCCGCGGACGCUGCCGCCACCGAAACGACGAUCUCCCUUUGGGCCUUCUCCCAGCAGGAGUGCGAGAGCUGGCUGCUCCACCUCUCGACAUGUCAAUUCUUUUCACAUCGCCUGACUUCCGGGGUCAUGCCCGUCGAGUCCGACCCGCACACUCCGUUGGCGGUUUUCAGCCAGCUCUACGAGGGGGCGCUCUCCCUUUCGCCAAAGGGCCCCUUCCCUUCGGAUGGUGGGCACCUUUUCGAUCAGCCGGAGAGCACCUGCUUUUCGGAGAUCUUUCCCUCGGCGGGUCGCUCACACUGGAUCAACACCUACUCCAUUGAGCGAUCGCAUGCGGCCAAACUCCGUGCUGCCUCACUGGCAGAGCAAAUUGCCGGGCGUCACUCCCAAAUCCAGCACUGUAGCCAAAAGCUCGAUAGUUUGGCACAGGAGCGCACCCGUUUCCUCGAGCGCACUCUCCGUCCGUUGAUGAUCCGCCUCAAGGAGGCCGAGGCGGUGGUGGCCAACUAUGCCAUCGCGAAUGACGCUCGCUUUGGCAGUCUCUCCCACUUGUCUUCGCUGCUGGAAUUGCCCGAGAGCAAGGGUGCCCUGUCGAUUGGGCCGGCUUCUUUGGUGGCCCUUGUCAACAGCAAGAUCGAGACCCUCGAGCGGGAUGCCUUGCACGCUGUUGAGGUGGAUCGAGCCAUGACCACCACGCGCAUGGUCAUUUUGUAUGCCAUCCUCGGGCCGUUUGUGUACUGGGUGAUUCAGCGAAUUGGCAGCGCUGUCACCGGCCUGCUGGCUGGGCACUUGUAGCUGGUUUUAGGACCAUGCACAUUGCGCCUUCUUCCUGCAUGCGCCGGAGUCACAUUUGCGGCAGGCAGUGCGCCGGUCAUUGGACUUGCACUUGAUGGAUAUGUAAACAUAUUAUACCCAUUCAUCCAUCCAUCCAUACGAGAGACCACAAGCGGUACAGCAACAGGGACAGCAGG